GGCAAAAACAGUGUAAACGUCAAAAGUGCAACAGCGAUGAAUUUCAUAAGACGCAAAAGUGAUAAAAAUUAUCAAUUUAACAGUGCAUCUGAAGGUCCCAGUGAUUAGAUCUUGUUAGAUUUCUCAGUGACGUCACAUCGUAUGAUUCAAUCCUCUGCGUUGAUUGGCUGAAAACGGACAUAAGCUGAUUCUCACGGAGAAAACACACCACACUCGCGGAUAAGAAAAAAAAACCAUCACGCGAUGAUGGAAGAUCCAGGGGAUUGGAUGAAUUUUGGCAAGAUGGACAUGGACAUUGAUACCUUUCGGACGGACGGAUUUGACUUCAGUCAAAUUUCUGAUGAAGAUUUACUCCAAAUGACCGACAUUCCGAAUUUUGACAACCUGGAGCUGCCAGACAAUGAGGACUUUGGCACUCUUUCGCCUCACAGUGUCCAUUCAAUGGGAUCUCCAAUUUCGAGUAUUGGAGAAGAUCCCAAAGAUUCACCCUCUCCUGCAGCAAUUGUCCCUGUCCCUCAAGCACUAUCUUCUCCACCUCAACCCUCUCCGCAGCCCGUCUUUAAUUCCCUAGCACCUUCAGAUCCCGUCCUAGGUUCCAGUUUCUCCCCAGCUCCAGCUGCAGCCUCUACGGUAACUACUGGGGUCAAUGUGAGCCCUAUGAUUGUGACUAAAGUCUCUCCGGUGCAACAGAUGUUUGUCACCCAGAACUCAACACCUCAGAACACUCUCAUCCUGGCCAAGAAACUGGUGAAGCAACAGGAGCCCAAGACACCUAAAACUCAAGUGAUGCAGCAGGUCUCGCAGGUUCUGACCCUUCAGAGCGUUGCUGUUUCCGAUAAACCCUCAGUUCUACUUCAAACCAAUCCCAGUGUAGUCUACUCGACGACAGGUACGCCCGGUACUCUGGUCCAGGGAACUCUCCUAGCCACUGGGAUCCCCGUGAUGCUGGACAGUGAGAAUAAGAUUCCCAUUUCCAGAUGGUCAACAGGCAAGCCAAAGGAAGGCAAACGUAGUGCCCACAAUGCUAUUGAGAAAAAGUACCGCCGUUCGAUCAAUGAUCGCAUUGAAGAAUUAAAAACCAUGAUGGUUGGGGAGAAUGCCAAAUUGAACAAAUCCGCCGUUUUGCGUAAAGCCGUCGAAACGAUUCGUGACUUACGCAGACAGAAUGAGAAGUUAAAGGCUGAGAACUUUAUGCUGAGAUCAGCAGCUAAAGAUGGCAAGUCCCUCAAGGGAUUACUGCUGACGGGACAACCACAGAAGGAGGAGUACAUGACGAGAUCUGCCUCCCUAAUGACUCCGCCACGAAGUGACGAAUCCAGUCAUUCAAUGUCCCCGUCUCCUUCGGAAGUAUCAGGACCUCCUUCACCAUAUGAUGAGAACAUCAAGGAAGAACCCGAGGAGUCUGAGAUUAUGAGGUCCGUUAAGCGAGGAAUGACAGCAAAUUCCAGGAUUAUGCUGUGUAUGGUGAUGUUUGCAGUCCUCACGGUUAAUCCCUUCAGGCAACUUCUUUCAAGAACAGGAAAUUCUGGUGAUCUCUUUGGCGAUGACUCGGUUUCUUCAAGGAGAAAUAUUCUGUCAACUGAUGAAUUUUACGAUGAUUCCCCACUGUCGUGGAACUCUUUUGGAGGGACUCUGCUUCUAUGGCUGGUUAAUGUUGUUAUUGCUUGGUUCUGCCUGAUCAAGAUGUUAGUAUACGGUGACCCUGUUCUCAACAGCAAAUCCAAGGUUGCUUCAGAAUUUGUUCGGUGUAAGAAGUCCGCAGAAGUUGAAUUCAAGGCAGGAAAUGCAUCGGAAGCUUACAAGGAAUACAAAGAAUGUUUGCAGAUGUUCGGACUGUCUCUGCCUACAUCGAGAUUGGAGUGCUUCAUGGCAAACUCCUGGCAGUAUAUCCGCACUUUUCUCCAUAGACUAUGGAUAGGACGUUGGCUCAGUCGCAAAGCUGGAGGACUUUUCUGUCCAGCACAAACUCGAAUGGAAGCUCAGGCAUCGGCAAAGGAGAUCGCUUUGAUCUAUCAUCGUUUGAAUCAGUUGCACUUGGCAUCUGAUAUGAAGGAAGAUCCUUAUGGAUUGCUGUUGUCUCUGUGUUCCGUAAAUAUGGCUGAUGCUGCUGCUCACAUGAUGGCUCCAGAUGAACUUAUGGAGAUCUAUCUUACGGCUGCUCUUCGUGUCAAGCAAACUUACCCACGGUUCCUCAAAUUCUUCUCUCGGUACUACGUCAGCAAGGCCAAGGCUGAACGUUUGGCGGUUUGCGGAAACGUUCCAGCUAAAUUAACUUGGCAGUUUACACCAUACGGCUACAGAUACUUUGUUAAUCAUACUUUUCACUUUGGAGCUUCUGGACUUACUGAAGAAUUCAGUCAAUUGGAAAACAAAUGUGACCCUUUGGCUUAUGCAACUCGUGAAUAUCGAGAACAUCUUCUGAAGAGAGCUCUGCAGUGUCUGGUCGGUUGCGGCGGAGGUGCUUCAUCGGGAACAAAAGCAGCUGGCGAGAAGCAGACGAAUCUGAUGACGUCUUGCACAGGAACGCAAAUCUGCGAUGUCCUCUGCUAUACUCAACUCUUGAUUGACACCCUUAAGUCACAAGGAAAUGAAGGCGAUGCUCUGGGAAAAUUUGAUAACUCCAGGGAUACCGUUACGAACUGGUGGUGCAGCUUGAUCAGUGUGGCAGCUUUCUGGCUUUUGGGAGAAGAUGACAAGGCUAAGGAUCUCUACGCGCGAGUCAGUGUUUUGCCGAAAGUACUUCAAGAAGCUACAGAUGAACUCCCAUUGGCACUUAUGGCAGCUUUCAUGGCCAAGAAGAGGUUGCUGGAGGAGAAAGUCAACUUUUCCGACGUCUUCAAUGAAUGUCUAAGAGGAAGCCAGCAUUUGCGAACGAGUCUUACACUUAACAAAUGCAGUUCGGCCAGGGAGCCUAAACUGCUUGUGCAGCUCCUUGUUUGCGACUGGUUGCUAGAGUCCCGUACGGCUCUUUGGGAGUUGAGCGUUAAGAAUGUUCCCAACUAUACCCCAGUCUGUGACGUUACAGUACGUCACUUCCAGGAAGAUCUGGAUCUCCUACGUCUCAUAACAGAUGGAAUUCCAAACGUUCAGCAGAGAGUUUAUCUCUAUGAAGCUGUCUACAGACUGAUGGCAGGGGCUUCACCAGGACGCACUCAGGAGCUCCUGGAUCGAACUCUACGUCAUCGUGCCACAAAACCAUCGAUAAUUUGUGGCAAGGAUCGCAGUCAACAGCAGUGGGAGAGUGGAGAAAGGCAAAAAGCAGCUGCACUUUAUGUGGCAUGCAAAUACCUCCCAGCACCUUUGCUAUCGACUCCUGGGGAGCGAGCAGGUAUGCUGGCUGAGGCAGUAAAGAGCCUUGAGAAGGUUGGAGACAAGAAACGCCUUCAGGAUUGCUACAAUCUCAUGAAGUCCCUUGGAAGUGGCACAGUCACAAACUAAAUCUUCAGGUUUUAGCUCAGUUUCUUCACAUUUCAUUUCACUUUGUACAAUUUAUCAUUUAUCACUUGGAGACUAAGUAUUUGUUUGUUUGUUUUGCGUUGAAUAUCUUUGGGAAGCUUUAAGUUAAACCUUUUUGUACUUUAGAUGGCUAUCAUCUGAAUAUUAUUAUUUCUAGGUUAAGGAUAAUAAAAUAUUCUGAAUUUGUAGACAUGAAUUCAAAAUUAUACGUCAGAUUGACACUAAAAUAUUUAAAAAAAAAAGAUAUAUCUAUUUUCCCACGUAAUUUCUUAACUCUGAAAUAUAGGAUAAUGGAAAUGUUUAAAAUAAAUUGCAGCAGGAUUUCACACUUGAAUUGACAAAGGUGUAAACGUCAAAUAUUUAAAGCAUUUAACAGAUCUAUGUUUAACAGAAAAACGGGAUUAGAAACCAGUAAAAUUUGAAUUACAGUUCCUUUGUGAAAGAUGUCACAGAAUUCUAUCACAGAUGGCGUUCAAUACAUAUUGUAAAUUGAGGGUUUUUGUUUAAAGGAAUUUAGUAGAUCUGUUAUCUUGAUUAUUACGAAUAACUUAACCAAUUUAUCAAUUCCAAGUGAGAAAUUCUCCCCAGAACUGUAGAUAAUUCACAGAAUUGUGUUGUAAAUGAGAAAAUUGCUAUAAAUUUGUAAUGUUUGCAAGUUUUCUCUCACUUUAAGAAAUUGUACGACUUUUUCGUAGUAGAUUAAUGUACGUUUUACUUUUUUAUAAUAAAAUGCACUAAAACUCAA